UAAAGAAAGAAAGAAAGAGACUUUCUUAGAAAGAAAAAAAAGAGAAGAAAGAGAAAAAGAAAAAGCCUCUUUCCACAACUCUUCAAAGCUCACUGCUCGCCCUCUGUUUUCUCUCUGUGUUUCGUAUUUUGACCACAUUCUCACAGUUUUACCUUAAACCCCUUUUACCACUUUCAGGUUUUCUCUUCAAGGAUUUUGCCAUUUAUAUUCUCUUCUCUGCCUCUGCUUAGACACCCAAAACCAAAAGAAAAGCCUUUUUCCAUUGUCACUAUUACAAAAGCAUAUAGUUUCUUAUUCUUUCCCAGAGCAAAAGCUACCUCCUUCAAAUUAUUAAGCAUCAAUUUCCAAGAACACCCAUAAAGAAAAAUGAGCACUGCAAGCUUCACUUCGAACUUCUUUGGUACUGGGUGCUUUUGGAAGGACGAAUCAAGGAUUUCAACGGUUAAGAAGCAAAAUGAAGGCAAGGUGUUUGUUAAAUGUGCUGUGAAUACCAAAACCCAGAAGACAGAAAAGGCAGUUCGGAUUGGUGUUCUUGGAGCUAGUGGUUACACUGGUUCUGAGAUUGUCCGUUUACUGGCAAACCAUCCCCACUUUGGCAUUACUCUGAUGACUGCUGAUAGAAAAGCUGGCCAAUCAAUUGGAUCAGUGUUUCCUCAUUUGGUCACUCAAGAUUUGCCAGAUAUGGUUGCAAUCAAGGAUGCAAACUUUUCUGAUGUGGAUGCUGUAUUUUGUUGUUUGCCGCAUGGAACCACUCAGGAAAUCAUCAAAGCCCUUCCCAGGAGUUUGAAGAUUGUUGAUCUUUCUGCAGAUUUCCGGCUGCGAGAUAUAUCUGAAUAUGAAGAAUGGUAUGGUCAGGCACACAGAGCACCAGAUUUGCAGAAAGAAGUUGUAUAUGGUUUGACAGAGGUUUUGAGAGAGGAAAUUAAAAGUGCACGCCUAGUUGCUAAUCCUGGUUGUUAUCCAACAUCCAUUCAACUUCCUCUUGUUCCUUUGAUAAAGGCUAAUCUCAUUGAAUAUAGAAAUAUCAUUAUCGAUGCAAAAUCUGGUGUGAGUGGUGCAGGGCGUGGUGCCAAAGAGGCAAAUUUGUACACUGAAAUAGCUGAAGGAAUUUAUUCUUAUGGAAUUACCAAGCAUCGCCAUGUUCCAGAAAUUGAACAGGGACUCUCUGAUGCUGCAAAUUCAAAAAUAACUGUCAGUUUUACUCCACACCUAAUGCCAAUGAUCCGUGGUAUGCAAUCAACGAUAUAUUUGGAAAUGGCUCCAGGUGUAACAAUUGAGGACUUAUAUCAACAAUUGAAGAUCUCUUAUGAGGAUGAAGAAUUUGUAGUUCUGUUGGAGAGAGGAGUUGUCCCUCGCACUCAUAAUGUUCGAGGAUCUAAUUACUGUUUUAUAAAUGUCUUUCCUGAUCGAAUUCCAGGAAGGGCAAUAAUUACUUCAGUUAUUGAUAAUCUUGUGAAGGGAGCUUCAGGUCAAGCUUUACAGAAUCUCAAUGUGAUGAUGGGAUAUCCAGAAAAUACAGGGCUUCUGUACCAGCCCUUGUUUCCUUAAUAAACUCAUUAUUUCCAUUUUCAGGAAGAGUUAAAGCAUGAAAUGAUGUCGCGGAAUCUCUCUUGGCGUAAGUUUAAUAAUGUUUUGUUCUGUAAUACUCAUUAGUGAAAGAGUAUUGUUAGAAUAGUGUCUUCUAUUAGAAAUUAUGUAUGACUGAUUUGAUAGUGUUUGAUCAUGAAUAAUAGUCACAUUUGGGAAUUAAUGCUUAUUUAAAUGUAGCACCCUGAUUCAGUGCACAGAAAUUUGCAAAAUAA